AUGUCGGUACUAGAAGACAGCGUGGAGCCAGGUGACAAGAGGAAGGUGAUAGCAGCUGACUUCUUCAAAGCACUGCGUGUGACGUGGCCUCCGAGGUUCUGUCUCCUGGUGUUAGAGCGGUUACUGGAACAAGACUUGACCUGGUGGAAACGAGACGACAUCCGCUCUGCCAAAGGCACCGGGAUGUGGAAAGAUCGCUUUGUCUCCAGCUGCAAUGGGGACCUGCUAUCAGUGUUGGCCCCAUGUCACUGGGUUUGUCCUACAGGGAGGAUCCACACUGAGACACAAGGCAAGAAGUUUGCAUUCAAGGGCCUGCGGAAAAGAGUAUCCGCCAGUGACCUCUUCCAGUCUCAACUGAUAGACAAAAAAACCCUCGAUGAGCUCAAUGAGGGGAAGAAAACAGUCAAAGAAGUCACUGAAAUGGACUCUGUCCGCAGGUACCUGGAGGGCAGCAAUUUCAUAGCAGGGGUCCUUAUACAGCCAAGCAAUGAGAAGAUGAGCAUCUACCAGGCCAUGAGGAAGGGCAUCCUGAGGCCAGGGACAGCACUGGUGCUGCUGGAGGCGCAGGCUGCCACCGGCUACAUCAUUGACCCAGAGAAAAACAAGAAGUUUUCAGUGGAGGAAGCAUUAACUGCAGGUCUAAUUGGAGGGGAGAUUUUUGAAAAGCUACUCUGUGCAGAAAGAGCCGUGACCGGCUACACCAACCCCUACACAAAAGCCCCAAUGUCGCUAUUUGAAGCUAUGAACCAAGGACUGAUUGUGAAGAGCCACGGCAUCCGCCUGCUCGAGGCCCAGAUCGCCACCGGCGGCAUCAUCGACCCCGUGCACAGCCACCGUAUCCCUGUGGAGGUGGCCUACCGGCGCGGCUACUUCGACCAGGAGAUGAACCAGAUCCUCUCCGACCCCACCGACGACACCAAGGGCUUCUUCGACCCCAACACCCAUGAGAACCUCACCUACAUGCAGCUCCUGGAGAGAUGUGUCCAAGAUUCAGAGACUGGGUUGUACAUGCUACAAGUUGUACAGGAAGGAGGAAAGUACUUCUACAUUGAUGAGUUUACAAAACAGGUUUUGCGCUCAAAGCCCCUUAAAGUGAAAGUUGGAAAGUUUAAGGACCAAACAGUUUCCAUCUGGGAAAUUCUCUGCUCUCAUUACGUCUCCGAGCAGAAAAGGAAAGAACUAGUGAUGCAGUACAAAUGCAAAACCUUAACGCUGGAAGAGCUUAUAGCCCUCAUCUUCAAAAUGAUUGAGGAUACAGAGCAAAGAGCAGAAGCCCUCAAGGUUAAAGGACUCUGGGGGGAUGUGUCAAUAUCAGAAUUGUUUAAUUCUGAGAUAAUUGACAAGAAAACUCUAGAUCAGCUGCAGGAUGGAAGUCUCACGCUUGCCAGCCUCACAAAGAGGGACACCAUCAAAAGGUAUUUGGAUGGCACUGGAUGCAUUACUGGGGUUCUAGUCCCAUCGACAAAAGAGAAGAUGAGCAUCUACCAGGCCCUGAAGAAGGGCGUCCUCACAGAGCAAUGUGCACUGGGACUGCUGGAGGCACAGGCUGCCACUGGUUUUCUGAUUGACCCACUGAAAAAUAAGAAGCUCUCCGUGGAUGAGGCCGUCUCAUCCGGGCUGGUGGGGAGCAACUUGCACAAGAAUCUCCUGUUGGCAGAGAAAGCCGUGACGGGAUACACAGAUCCUCAUACAGGAAAUAAAAUAUCCCUCUUCCAGGCCAUAAGGCAAAAGAUAACAGUCAAGGAGCACGGCAUCCGCCUGCUCGAGGCCCAGAUCGCCACCGGCGGCAUCAUUGACCCCGUGCACAGCCACCGCCUCCCCGUGGAGGUGGCCUACCGACGUGGCUACUUGGAUGAUGAUAUGUUUCUCCUGCUUUCUGAUCCAGAUCAUGGUAGCAAAGGUUUUAUAGAUCCAAACACUCAUGAGAAGAUCAGUUACAGUCAACUCCUACAGAGAUGUUCCAAAGACAGAGAUACUGAAUUGUACCUGCUGCCGGUCAUGGAAAAACAGGAUGACUAUUUCUACAUCGAUGAGCGAACAAAAAAUGCCCUAUUAUCUACAAAGGUACAAGUGCCGGUUGGAAAAUACAAAGGACAUGUAUUAUCACUGUGGGAACUUCUCUGUUCUGAGUACAUCACAGAAGAGAAAAGGAAAGAACUGGUGAAAAAAUAUAAAGACGAAUCCCAUCACAUUCUACAAGGAAUCAUUGAUACAAUACUAAAUAUCAUUAAAGAAAAAGAAGAGGACAGAAGUGAUGUCUGGUUCCAAGGAAUCAGACAACAAAUAACAGCAUCAGAACUUCUCAGUGCACGGAUAAUAACAGAAGAAACAAUAGAAAAACUCCAUGAAGGAAAAGAGACAGCACAAGAAAUAGCACAAAUGGAUAGUGUGAGAAGAUACCUGGAUGGCACGGGCUGCAUCGCUGGUGUGCUGGUGCCCUCCAAGGCCGACCCCGCCAAGAUGGAGAAGAUGAGCAUCUACCAGGCCAUGUGGAAGGGCAUCCUGAGGCAGGGCACGGCUCUGGUGCUGCUGGAGGCGCAGGCUGCCACUGGCUUCAUCAUUGACCCGCUCACCAACAAGAAGCUCUCCGUGGACGAGGCCGUCUCGUCCGGGCUGGUGGGCAGCGAGCUACAAAAAAAACUUCUUUGUGCAGAGAGAGCCGUGACGGGCUACACCGACCCCUGCACAGGACAAAAAAUGUCCCUCUUCCAGGCCAUGAAGAAGGAGCUCAUCGUCAAGGAGCACGGCAUCCGCCUGCUCGAGGCCCAGAUCGCCACCGGCGGCAUCAUCGACCCCGUGCACAGCCACCGCCUCCCCGUGGAGGUGGCCUACCGGCGCGGCUACUUCGACCAGGAGAUGAACCAGAUCCUCUCCGACCCCACCGACGACACCAAGGGCUUCUUCGACCCCAACACCCACGAGAACCUCACCUACAUGCAGCUCCUCCGCCGCUGCGUGCCCGACCCGGACACGGGGCUGCUCAUGCUCCAGCUGAUGGACAAGGGCUCCGUGCUCUACCAGCUGACCGAGGACGCCCGGAAAGCCCUGCAGGCCGCCCGCACCACCCUCAGCGUGGGGCUCUUCCAGGGCCAGAGCGUCACCGUCUGGGAGCUCCUCUUCUCCCGCUACGUCCCCGACCACCGGCGCCAGGACCUCCUCCGGAAGUACAAGGCGGGGACGGUCACCAUCUCGGAGAUGAUCACCCUCCUCACGGAGGCGGUGGAGCGGAGCAGCAACGUGAAAUUCACGGGCCUCAGGAGGCAGGUGACCGCCUCGGACCUGGUGGAGUCGGGCAUCAUCGACAAGGACACGCUGGCCGACCUCGUCCAGGGCUCCAAGACGGUGGAGGAGGUGACGGAAAUGGCCUCCGUCAAGCGCUACCUGGACGGCACGGGCUGCAUCGCCGGCGUGCUGGUGCCCUCCAAGGCCGACCCCGCCAAGAUGGAGAAGAUGAGCAUCUACCAGGCCAUGUGGAAGGGCAUCCUGAGGCAGGGCACGGCUCUGGUGCUGCUGGAGGCGCAGGCUGCCACCGGCUUCGUCGUUGACCCGCUCACCAACGAGAAGCUCUCCGUGGACGAGGCCGUCUCGUCCGGGCUGGUGGGCAGCGAGCUGCACGAGAAGCUCCUGUCGGCCGAGAGGGCCGUGACGGGCUACACCGACCCCUACACCGGCGACCAGAUCUCCCUCUUCCAGGCCAUGAAGAAGGAGCUCAUCGUCAAGGAGCACGGCAUCCGCCUGCUCGAGGCCCAGAUCGCCACCGGCGGCAUCAUCGACCCCGUGCACAGCCACCGCCUCCCCGUGGAGGUGGCCUACCGGCGCGGCUACUUCGACCAGGAGAUGAACCAGAUCCUCUCCGACCCCACCGACGACACCAAGGGCUUCUUCGACCCCAACACCCACGAGAACCUCACCUACAUGCAGCUCCUCCGCCGCUGCGUGCCCGACCCGGACACGGGGCUGCUCAUGCUCCAGCUGAUGGACAAGGGCUCCGUGCUCUACCAGCUGACCGAGGACGCCCGGAAAGCCUGCAGGCCGCCCGCACCACCCUCAGCGUGGGGCUCUUCCAGGGCCAGAGCGUCACCGUCUGGGAGCUCCUCUUCUCCCGCUACGUCCCGACCACCGGCGCCAGGACCUCCUCCGGAAGAGCAGGAGCUGGAGCUGGAGCGGUCCCUGAAGUCCCGCACCAUCGAGGUCUCGGCGGGCGGCUUCCACGGCAGGAUGGUCUCCCUGUGGGAGCUCCUCUUCUCCACGUACGUCUCCGAGGCAAAGAGGCAGGAGCUGCUGGGGCAGGUCCGGGCCGGGAGUCUGGCGCUGGACGAGCUGGCAAGGCUCCUCACCGUCCUCAUCGAGGAGGCGGUGGAGCGGAGCAGCAACGUGAAAUUCACGGGCCUCAGGAGGCAGGUGACCGCCUCAGACCUGGUGGAGUCGGGCAUCAUCGACAAGGACACGCUGGCCGACCUCGUCCAGGGCUCCAAGACGGUGGAGGAGGUGACGGAAAUGGCCUCCGUCAAGCGCUACCUGGACGGCACGGGCUGCAUCGCCGGCGUGCUGGUGCCCUCCAAGGCCGACCCCGCCAAGAUGGAGAAGAUGAGCAUCUACCAGGCCAUGUGGAAGGGCAUCCUGAGGCAGGGCACGGCUCUGGUGCUGCUGGAGGCGCAGGCUGCCACCGGCUUCGUCGUUGACCCGCUCACCAACGAGAAGCUCUCCGUGGACGAGGCCGUCUCGUCCGGGCUGGUGGGCAGCGAGCUGCACGAGAAGCUCCUGUCGGCCGAGAGGGCCGACGGCUACACCGACCCCUACACCGGCGACCAGAUCUCCCUCUUCCAGGCCAUGAAGAAGGAGCUCAUCGUCAAGGAGCACGGCAUCCGCCUGCUCGAGGCCCAGAUCGCCACCGGCGGCAUCAUCGACCCCGUGCACAGCCACCGCCUCCCCGUGGAGGUGGCCUACCGGCGCGGCUACUUCGACCAGGAGAUGAACCAGAUCCUCUCCGACCCCACCGACGACACCAAGGGCUUCUGACCCAACACCCACGAGAACCUCACCUACAUGCAGCUCCUCCGCCGCUGCGUGCCCGACCCGGACACGGGGCUGCUCAUGCUCCAGCUGAUGGACAAGGGCUCCGUGCUCUACCAGCUGACCGAGGACGCCCGGAAAGCCCUGCAGGCCGCCCGCACCACCCUCAGCGUGGGGCUCUUCCAGGGCCAGAGCGUCUCCCUGUGGGAGCUCCUCUUCUCCACGUACGUCUCCGAGGCAAAGAGGCAGGAGCUGCUGGGGCAGGUCCGGGCCGGGAGUCUGGCGCUGGACGAGCUGGCAAGGCUCCUCACCGUCCUCAUCGAGGAGGCGGUGGAGCGGAGCAGCAACGUGAAAUUCACGGGCCUCAGGAGGCAGGUGACCGCCUCGGACCUGGUGGAGUCGGGCAUCAUCGACAAGGACACGCUGGCCGACCUCGUCCAGGGCUCCAAGACGGUGGAGGAGGUGACGGAAAUGGCCUCCGUCAAGCGCUACCUGGACGGCACGGGCUGCAUCGCCGGCGUGCUGGUGCCCUCCGGCCGACCCGCCAAGAUGGAGAAGAUGAGCAUCUACCAGGCCAUGUGGAAGGGCAUCCUGAGGCAGGGCACGGCUCUGGUGCUGCUGGAGGCGCAGGCUGCCACCGGCUUCGUCGUUGACCCGCUCACCAACGAGAAGCUCUCCGUGGACGAGGCCGUCUCGUCCGGGCUGGUGGGCAGCGAGCUGCACGAGAAGCUCCUGUCGGCCGAGAGGGCCGUGACGGGCUACACCGACCCCUACACCGGCGACCAGAUCUCCCUCUUCCAGGCCAUGAAGAAGGAGCUCAUCGUCAAGGAGCACGGCAUCCGCCUGCUCGAGGCCCAGAUCGCCACCGGCGGCAUCAUCGACCCCGUGCACAGCCACCGCCUCCCCGUGGAGGUGGCCUACCGGCGCGGCUACUUCGACCAGGAGAUGAACCAGAUCCUCUCCGACCCCACCGACGACACCAAGGGCUUCUGACCCAACACCCACGAGAACCUCACCUACAUGCAGCUCCUCCGCCGCUGCGUGCCCGACCCGGACACGGGGCUGCUCAUGCUCCAGCUGAUGGACAAGGGCUCCGUGCUCUACCAGCUGACCGAGGACGCCCGGAAAGCCCUGCAGUCCCGCACCAUCGAGGUCUCGGCGGGCGGCUUCCACGGCAGGAUGGUCUCCCUGUGGGAGCUCCUCUUCUCCACGUACGUCUCCGAGGCAAAGAGGCAGGAGCUGCUGGGGCAGGUCCGGGCCGGGAGUCUGGCGCUGGACGAGCUGGCAAGGCUCCUCACCGUCCUCAUCGAGGAGGCGGUGGAGCGGAGCAGCAACGUGAAAUUCACGGGCCUCAGGAGGCAGGUGACCGCCUCGGACCUGGUGGAGUCGGGCAUCAUCGACAAGGACACGCUGGCCGACCUCGUCCAGGGCUCCAAGACGGUGGAGGAGGUGACGGAAAUGGCCUCCGUCAAGCGCUACCUGGACGGCACGGGCUGCAUCGCCGGCGUGCUGGUGCCCUCCAAGGCCGACCCCGCCAAGAUGGAGAAGAUGAGCAUCUACCAGGCCAUGUGGAAGGGCAUCCUGAGGCAGGGCACGGCUCUGGUGCUGCUGGAGGCGCAGGCUGCCACCGGCUUCGUCGUUGACCCGCUCACCAACGAGAAGCUCUCCGUGGACGAGGCCGUCUCGUCCGGGCUGGUGGGCAGCGAGCUGCACGAGAAGCUCCUGUCGGCCGAGAGGGCCGUGACGGGCUACACCGACCCCUACACCGGCGACCAGAUCUCCCUCUUCCAGGCCAUGAAGAAGGAGCUCAUCGUCAAGGAGCACGGCAUCCGCCUGCUCGAGGCCCAGAUCGCCACCGGCGGCAUCAUCGACCCCGUGCACAGCCACCGCCUCCCCGUGGAGGUGGCCUACCGGCGCGGCUACUUCGACCAGGAGAUGAACCAGAUCCUCUCCGACCCCACCGACGACACCAAGGGCUUCUUCGACCCCAACACCCACGAGAACCUCACCUACAUGCAGCUCCUCCGCCGCUGCGUGCCCGACCCGGACACGGGGCUGCUCAUGCUCCAGCUGAUGGACAAGGGCUCCGUGCUCUACCAGCUGACCGAGGACGCCCGGAAAGCCCUGCAGGCCGCCCGCACCACCCUCAGCGUGGGGCUCUUCCAGGGCCAGAGCGUCACCGUCUGGGAGCUCCUCUUCUCCCGCUACGUCCCCGACCACCGGCGCCAGGACCUCCUCCGGAAGUACAAGGCGGGGACGGUCCGGGCCGGGAGUCUGGCGCUGGACGAGCUGGCAAGGCUCCUCACCGUCCUCAUCGAGGAGGCGGUGGAGCGGAGCAGCAACGUGAAAUUCACGGGCCUCAGGAGGCAGGUGACCGCCUCGGACCUGGUGGAGUCGGGCAUCAUCGACAAGGACACGCUGGCCGACCUCGUCCAGGGCUCCAAGACGGUGGAGGAGGUGACGGAAAUGGCCUCCGUCAAGCGCUACCUGGACGGCACGGGCUGCAUCGCCGGCGUGCUGGUGCCCUCCAAGGCCGACCCCGCCAAGAUGGAGAAGAUGAGCAUCUACCAGGCCAUGUGGAAGGGCAUCCUGAGGCAGGGCACGGCUCUGGUGCUGCUGGAGGCGCAGGCUGCCACCGGCUUCGUCGUUGACCCGCUCACCAACGAGAAGCUCUCCGUGGACGAGGCCGUCUCGUCCGGGCUGGUGGGCAGCGAGCUGCACGAGAAGCUCCUGUCGGCCGAGAGGGCCGUGACGGGCUACACCGACCCCUACACCGGCGACCAGAUCUCCCUCUUCCAGGCCAUGAAGAAGGAGCUCAUCGUCAAGGAGCACGGCAUCCGCCUGCUCGAGGCCCAGAUCGCCACCGGCGGCAUCAUCGACCCCGUGCACAGCCACCGCCUCCCCGUGGAGGUGGCCUACCGGCGCGGCUACUUCGACCAGGAGAUGAACCAGAUCCUCUCCGACCCCACCGACGACACCAAGGGCUUCUUCGACCCCAACACCCACGAGAACCUCACCUACAUGCAGCUCCUCCGCCGCUGCGUGCCCGACCCGGACACGGGGCUGCUCAUGCUCCAGCUGAUGGACAAGGGCUCCGUGCUCUACCAGCUGACCGAGGACGCCCGGAAAGCCCUGCAGGCCGCCCGCACCACCCUCAGCGUGGGGCUCUUCCAGGGCCAGAGCGUCACCGUCUGGGAGCUCCUCUUCUCCCGCUACGUCCCCGACCACCGGCGCCAGGACCUCCUCCGGAAGUACAAGGCGGGGACGGUCACCAUCUCGGAGAUGAUCACCCUCCUCACGGCCAUCAUCACCGGGGCUGAGGCCAACGCCAGCCGAAGCAGCAGGAGGCCCCGCCGUUGGCCGAGAAUGGAGCAGGAGCUGGAGCUGGAGCGGUCCCUGAAGUCCCGCACCAUCGAGGUCUCGGCGGGCGGCUUCCACGGCAGGAUGGUCUCCCUGUGGGAGCUCCUCUUCUCCACGUACGUCUCCGAGGCAAAGAGGCAGGAGCUGCUGGGGCAGGUCCGGGCCGGGAGUCUGGCGCUGGACGAGCUGGCAAGGCUCCUCACCGUCCUCAUCGAGGAGGCGGUGGAGCGGAGCAGCAACGUGAAAUUCACGGGCCUCAGGAGGCAGGUGACCGCCUCGGACCUGGUGGAGUCGGGCAUCAUCGACAAGGACACGCUGGCCGACCUCGUCCAGGGCUCCAAGACGGUGGAGGAGGUGACGGAAAUGGCCUCCGUCAAGCGCUACCUGGACGGCACGGGCUGCAUCGCCGGCGUGCUGGUGCCCUCCAAGGCCGACCCCGCCAAGAUGGAGAAGAUGAGCAUCUACCAGGCCAUGUGGAAGGGCAUCCUGAGGCAGGGCACGGCUCUGGUGCUGCUGGAGGCGCAGGCUGCCACCGGCUUCGUCGUUGACCCGCUCACCAACGAGAAGCUCUCCGUGGACGAGGCCGUCUCGUCCGGGCUGGUGGGCAGCGAGCUGCACGAGAAGCUCCUGUCGGCCGAGAGGGCCGUGACGGGCUACACCGACCCCUACACCGGCGACCAGAUCUCCCUCUUCCAGGCCAUGAAGAAGGAGCUCAUCAUCAAGGAGCACGGCAUCCGCCUGCUCGAGGCCCAGAUCGCCACCGGCGGCAUCAUCGACCCCGUGCACAGCCACCGCCUCCCCGUGGAGGUGGCCUACCGGCGCGGCUACUUCGACCAGGAGAUGAACCAGAUCCUCUCCGACCCCACCGACGACACCAAGGGCUUCUUCGACCCCAACACCCACGAGAACCUCACCUACAUGCAGCUCCUCCGCCGCUGCGUGCCCGACCCGGACACGGGGCUGCUCAUGCUCCAGCUGAUGGACAAGGGCUCCGUGCUCUACCAGCUGACCGAGGACGCCCGGAAAGCCCUGCAGGCCGCCCGCACCACCCUCAGCGUGGGGCUCUUCCAGGGCCAGAGCGUCACCGUCUGGGAGCUCCUCUUCUCCCGCUACGUCCCCGACCACCGGCGCCAGGACCUCCUCCGGAAGUACAAGGCGGGGACGGUCACCAUCUCGGAGAUGAUCACCCUCCUCACGGCCAUCAUCACCGGGGCUGAGGGCCAACGCCAGCCGAAGCAGCGGGAGGCCCCGCGUUGGCCGAGAAUGGAGCAGGAGCUGGAGCUGGAGCGGUCCCUGAAGUCCCGCACCAUCGAGGUCUCGGCGGGCGGCUUCCACGGCAGGAAGGUCUCCCUGUGGGAGCUCCUCUUCUCCACGUACGUCUCCGAGGCAAAGAGGCAGGAGCUGCUGGGGCAGGUCCGGGCCGGGAGUCUGGCGCUGGACGAGCUGGCAAGGCUCCUCACCGUCCUCAUCGAGGAGGCGGUGGAGCGGAGCAGCAACGUGAAAUUCACGGGCCUCAGGAGGCAGGUGACCGCCUCGGACCUGGUGGAGUCGGGCAUCAUCGACAAGGACACGCUGGCCGACCUCGUCCAGGGCUCCAAGACGGUGGAGGAGGUGACGGAAAUGGCCUCCGUCAAGCGCUACCUGGACGGCACGGGCUGCAUCGCCGGCGUGCUGGUGCCCUCCAAGGCCGACCCCGCCAAGAUGGAGAAGAUGAGCAUCUACCAGGCCAUGUGGAAGGGCAUCCUGAGGCAGGGCACGGCUCUGGUGCUGCUGGAGGCGCAGGCUGCCACCGGCUUCGUCGUUGACCCGCUCACCAACGAGAAGCUCUCCGUGGACGAGGCCGUCUCGUCCGGGCUGGUGGGCAGCGAGCUGCACGAGAAGCUCCUGUCGGCCGAGAGGGCCGUGACGGGCUACACCGACCCCUACACCGGCGACCAGAUCUCCCUCUUCCAGGCCAUGAAGAAGGAGCUCAUCGUCAAGGAGCACGGCAUCCGCCUGCUCGAGGCCCAGAUCGCCACCGGCGGCAUCAUCGACCCCGUGCACAGCCACCGCCUCCCCGUGGAGGUGGCCUACCGGCGCGGCUACUUCGACCAGGAGAUGAACCAGAUCCUCUCCGACCCCACCGACGACACCAAGGGCUUCUUCGACCCCAACACCCACGAGAACCUCACCUACAUGCAGCUCCUCCGCCGCUGCGUGCCCGACCCGGACACGGGGCUGCUCAUGCUCCAGCUGAUGGACAAGGGCUCCGUGCUCUACCAGCUGACCGAGGACGCCCGGAAAGCCCUGCAGGCCGCCCGCACCACCCUCAGCGUGGGGCUCUUCCAGGGCCAGAGCGUCACCGUCUGGGAGCUCCUCUUCUCCCGCUACGUCCCCGACCACCGGCGCCAGGACCUCCUCCGGAAGUACAAGGCGGGGACGGUCACCAUCUCGGAGAUGAUCACCCUCCUCACGGCCAUCAUCACCGGGCGGGUGCGGGAGCAGGAGCAGGAGCUGGAGCUGGAGCGGUCCCUGAAGUCCCGCACCAUCGAGGUCUCGGCGGGCGGCUUCCACGGCAGGAAGGUCUCCCUGUGGGAGCUCCUCUUCUCCACGUACGUCUCCGAGGCAAAGAGGCAGGAGCUGCUGAGGCAGGUCCGGGCCGGGAGUCUGGCGCUGGACGAGCUGGCAAGGCUCCUCACCGUCCUCAUCGAGGAGGCGGUGGAGCGGAGCAGCAACCCAAAGCAGCGGGAGGCCCCGCCGUUGGCCGAGAAUGGCGAGGCUGCGGGCUCCCAGCAGGAGCGGGAGCAGGAGCAGGAGCUGGAGCGGGAGCGGGAGCGGGAGCGGGAGCGGGUGCGGGAGCAGGAGCAGGAGCUGGAGCUGGAGCGGUCCCUGAAGUCCCGCACCAUCGAGGUCUCGGCGGGCGGCUUCCACGGCAGGAAGGUCUCCCUGUGGGAGCUCCUCUUCUCCACGUACGUCUCCGAGGCAAAGAGGCAGGAGCUGCUGGGGCAGGUCCGGGCCGGGAGUCUGGCGCUGGACGAGCUGGCAAGGCUCCUCACCGUCCUCAUCGAGGAGGCGGUGGAGCGGAGCAGCAACGUGAAAUUCACGGGCCUCAGGAGGCAGGUGACCGCCUCGGACCUGGUGGAGUCGGGCAUCAUCGACAAGGACACGCUGGCCGACCUCGUCCAGGGCUCCAAGACGGUGGAGGAGGUGACGGAAAUGGCCUCCGUCAAGCGCUACCUGGACGGCACGGGCUGCAUCGCCGGCGUGCUGGUGCCCUCCAAGGCCGACCCCGCCAAGAUGGAGAAGAUGAGCAUCUACCAGGCCAUGUGGAAGGGCAUCCUGAGGCAGGGCACGGCUCUGGUGCUGCUGGAGGCGCAGGCUGCCACCGGCUUCGUCGUUGACCCGCUCACCAACGAGAAGCUCUCCGUGGACGAGGCCGUCUCGUCCGGGCUGGUGGGCAGCGAGCUGCACGAGAAGCUCCUGUCGGCCGAGAGGGCCGUGACGGGCUACACCGACCCCUACACCGGCGACCAGAUCUCCCUCUUCCAGGCCAUGAAGAAGGAGCUCAUCGUCAAGGAGCACGGCAUCCGCCUGCUCGAGGCCCAGAUCGCCACCGGCGGCAUCAUCGACCCCGUGCACAGCCACCGCCUCCCCGUGGAGGUGGCCUACCGGCGCGGCUACUUCGACCAGGAGAUGAACCAGAUCCUCUCCGACCCCACCGACGACACCAAGGGCUUCUUCGACCCCAACACCCACGAGAACCUCACCUACAUGCAGCUCCUCCGCCGCUGCGUGCCCGACCCGGACACGGGGCUGCUCAUGCUCCAGCUGAUGGACAAGGGCUCCGUGCUCUACCAGCUGACCGAGGACGCCCGGAAAGCCCUGCAGGCCGCCCGCACCACCCUCAGCGUGGGGCUCUUCCAGGGCCAGAGCGUCACCGUCUGGGAGCUCCUCUUCUCCCGCUACGUCCCCGACCACCGGCGCCAGGACCUCCUCCGGAAGUACAAGGCGGGGACGGUCACCAUCUCGGAGAUGAUCACCCUCCUCACGGCCAUCAUCACCGGGGCUGAGGGCCAACGCCAGCCAAAGCAGCGGGAGGCCCCGCCGUUGGCCGAGAAUGGCGAGGAGCAGGAGCUGGAGCUGGAGCGGUCCCUGAAGUCCCGCACCAUCGAGGUCUCGGCGGGCGGCUUCCACGGCAGGAAGGUCUCCCUGUGGGAGCUCCUCUUCUCCACGUACGUCUCCGAGGCAAAGAGGCAGGAGCUGCUGGGGCAGGUCCGGGCCGGGAGUCUGGCGCUGGACGAGCUGGCAAGGCUCCUCACCGUCCUCAUCGAGGAGGCGGUGGAGCGGAGCAGCAACGUGAAAUUCACGGGCCUCAGGAGGCAGGUGACCGCCUCGGACCUGGUGGAGUCGGGCAUCAUCGACAAGGACACGCUGGCCGACCUCGUCCAGGGCUCCAAGACGGUGGAGGAGGUGACGGAAAUGGCCUCCGUCAAGCGCUACCUGGACGGCACGGGCUGCAUCGCCGGCGUGCUGGUGCCCUCCAAGGCCGACCCCGCCAAGAUGGAGAAGAUGAGCAUCUACCAGGCCAUGUGGAAGGGCAUCCUGAGGCAGGGCACGGCUCUGGUGCUGCUGGAGGCGCAGGCUGCCACCGGCUUCGUCGUUGACCCGCUCACCAACGAGAAGCUCUCCGUGGACGAGGCCGUCUCGUCCGGGCUGGUGGGCAGCGAGCUGCACGAGAAGCUCCUGUCGGCCGAGAGGGCCGUGACGGGCUACACCGACCCCUACACCGGCGACCAGAUCUCCCUCUUCCAGGCCAUGAAGAAGGAGCUCAUCGUCAAGGAGCACGGCAUCCGCCUGCUCGAGGCCCAGAUCGCCACCGGCGGCAUCAUCGACCCCGUGCACAGCCACCGCCUCCCCGUGGAGGUGGCCUACCGGCGCGGCUACUUCGACCAGGAGAUGAACCAGAUCCUCUCCGACCCCACCGACGACACCAAGGGCUUCUUCGACCCCAACACCCACGAGAACCUCACCUACAUGCAGCUCCUCCGCCGCUGCGUGCCCGACCCGGACACGGGGCUGCUCAUGCUCCAGCUGAUGGACAAGGGCUCCGUGCUCUACCAGCUGACCGAGGACGCCCGGAAAGCCCUGCAGGCCGCCCGCACCACCCUCAGCGUGGGGCUCUUCCAGGGCCAGAGCGUCACCGUCUGGGAGCUCCUCUUCUCCCGCUACGUCCCCGACCACCGGCGCCAGGACCUCCUCCGGAAGUACAAGGCGGGGACGGUCACCAUCUCGGAGAUGAUCACCCUCCUCACGGCCAUCAUCACCGGGGCUGAGGGCCAACGCCAGCCAAAGCAGCGGGAGGCCCCGCCGUUGGCCGAGAAUGGCGAGGAGCAGGAGCUGGAGCUGGAGCGGUCCCUGAAGUCCCGCACCAUCGAGGUCUCGGCGGGCGGCUUCCACGGCAGGAAGGUCUCCCUGUGGGAGCUCCUCUUCUCCACGUACGUCUCCGAGGCAAAGAGGCAGGAGCUGCUGGGGCAGGUCCGGGCCGGGAGUCUGGCGCUGGACGAGCUGGCAAGGCUCCUCACCGUCCUCAUCGAGGAGGCGGUGGAGCGGAGCAGCAACGUGAAAUUCACGGGCCUCAGGAGGCAGGUGACCGCCUCGGACCUGGUGGAGUCGGGCAUCAUCGACAAGGACACGCUGGCCGACCUCGUCCAGGGCUCCAAGACGGUGGAGGAGGUGACGGAAAUGGCCUCCGUCAAGCGCUACCUGGACGGCACGGGCUGCAUCGCCGGCGUGCUGGUGCCCUCCAAGGCCGACCCCGCCAAGAUGGAGAAGAUGAGCAUCUACCAGGCCAUGUGGAAGGGCAUCCUGAGGCAGGGCACGGCUCUGGUGCUGCUGGAGGCGCAGGCUGCCACCGGCUUCGUCGUUGACCCGCUCACCAACGAGAAGCUCUCCGUGGACGAGGCCGUCUCGUCCGGGCUGGUGGGCAGCGAGCUGCACGAGAAGCUCCUGUCGGCCGAGAGGGCCGUGACGGGCUACACCGACCCCUACACCGGCGACCAGAUCUCCCUCUUCCAGGCCAUGAAGAAGGAGCUCAUCGUCAAGGAGCACGGCAUCCGCCUGCUCGAGGCCCAGAUCGCCACCGGCGGCAUCAUCGACCCCGUGCACAGCCACCGCCUCCCCGUGGAGGUGGCCUACCGGCGCGGCUACUUCGACCAGGAGAUGAACCAGAUCCUCUCCGACCCCACCGACGACACCAAGGGCUUCUUCGACCCCAACACCCACGAGAACCUCACCUACAUGCAGCUCCUCCGCCGCUGCGUGCCCGACCCGGACACGGGGCUGCUCAUGCUCCAGCUGAUGGACAAGGGCUCCGUGCUCUACCAGCUGACCGAGGACGCCCGGAAAGCCCUGCAGGCCGCCCGCACCACCCUCAGCGUGGGGCUCUUCCAGGGCCAGAGCGUCACCGUCUGGGAGCUCCUCUUCUCCCGCUACGUCCCCGACCACCGGCGCCAGGACCUCCUCCGGAAGUACAAGGCGGGGACGGUCACCAUCUCGGAGAUGAUCACCCUCCUCACGGCCAUCAUCACCGGGGCUGAGGGCCAACGCCAGCCGAAGCAGCGGGAGGCCCCGCCGUUGGCCGAGAAUGGCGAGGAGCAGGAGCUGGAGCUGGAGCGGUCCCUGAAGUCCCGCACCAUCGAGGUCUCGGCGGGCGGCUUCCACGGCAGGAAGGUCUCCCUGUGGGAGCUCCUCUUCUCCACGUACGUCUCCGAGGCAAAGAGGCAGGAGCUGCUGGGGCAGGUCCGGGCCGGGAGUCUGGCGCUGGACGAGCUGGCAAGGCUCCUCACCGUCCUCAUCGAGGAGGCGGUGGAGCGGAGCAGCAACGUGAAAUUCACGGGCCUCAGGAGGCAGGUGACCGCCUCGGACCUGGUGGAGUCGGGCAUCAUCGACAAGGACACGCUGGCCGACCUCGUCCAGGGCUCCAAGACGGUGGAGGAGGUGACGGAAAUGGCCUCCGUCAAGCGCUACCUGGACGGCACGGGCUGCAUCGCCGGCGUGCUGGUGCCCUCCAAGGCCGACCCCGCCAAGAUGGAGAAGAUGAGCAUCUACCAGGCCAUGUGGAAGGGCAUCCUGAGGCAGGGCACGGCUCUGGUGCUGCUGGAGGCGCAGGCUGCCACCGGCUUCGUCGUUGACCCGCUCACCAAUGAGAAGCUCUCCGUGGACGAGGCCGUCUCGUCCGGGCUGGUGGGCAGCGAGCUGCACGAGAAGCUCCUGUCGGCCGAGAGGGCCGUGACGGGCUACACCGACCCCUACACCGGCGACCAGAUCUCCCUCUUCCAGGCCAUGAAGAAGGAGCUCAUCGUCAAGGAGCACGGCAUCCGCCUGCUCGAGGCCCAGAUCGCCACCGGCGGCAUCAUCGACCCCGUGCACAGCCACCGCCUCCCCGUGGAGGUGGCCUACCGGCGCGGCUACUUCGACCAGGAGAUGAACCAGAUCCUCUCCGACCCCACCGACGACACCAAGGGCUUCUUCGACCCCAACACCCACGAGAACCUCACCUACAUGCAGCUCCUCCGCCGCUGCGUGCCCGACCCGGACACGGGGCUGCUCAUGCUCCAGCUGAUGGACAAGGGCUCCGUGCUCUACCAGCUGACCGAGGACGCCCGGAAAGCCCUGCAGGCCGCCCGCACCACCCUCAGCGUGGGGCUCUUCCAGGGCCAGAGCGUCACCGUCUGGGAGCUCCUCUUCUCCCGCUACGUCCCCGACCACCGGCGCCAGGACCUCCUCCGGAAGUACAAGGCGGGGACGGUCACCAUCUCGGAGAUGAUCACCCUCCUCACGGCCAUCAUCACCGGGGCUGAGGGCCAACGCCAGCCAAAGCAGCGGGAGGCCCCGCCGUUGGCCGAGAAUGGCGAGGCUGCGGGCUCCCAGCAGGAGCGGGAGCAGGAGCAGGAGCUGGAGCGAGAGCGGGAGCGGGAGUGGGAGCGGGAGCGGGUGCGGGAGCAGGAGCAGGAGCUGGAGCUGGAGCGGUCCCUGAAGUCCCGCACCAUCGAGGUCUCGGCGGGCGGCUUCCACGGCAGGAAGGUCUCCCUGUGGGAGCUCCUCUUCUCCACGUACGUCUCCGAGGCAAAGAGGCAGGAGCUGCUGGGGCAGGUCCGGGCCGGGAGUCUGGCGCUGGACGAGCUGGCAAGGCUCCUCACCGUCCUCAUCGAGGAGGCGGUGGAGCGGAGCAGCAACGUGAAAUUCACGGGCCUCAGGAGGCAGGUGACCGCCUCGGACCUGGUAGAGUCGGGCAUCAUCGACAAGGACACGCUGGCCGACCUCGUCCAGGGCUCCAAGACGGUGGAGGAGGUGACGGAAAUGGCCUCCGUCAAGCGCUACCUGGACGGCACGGGCUGCAUCGCCGGCGUGCUGGUGCCCUCCAAGGCCGACCCCGCCAAGAUGGAGAAGAUGAGCAUCUACCAGGCCAUGUGGAAGGGCAUCCUGAGGCAGGGCACGGCUCUGGUGCUGCUGGAGGCGCAGGCUGCCACCGGCUUCGUCGUUGACCCGCUCACCAAUGAGAAGCUCUCCGUGGACGAGGCCGUCUCAUCCGGGCUGGUGGGCAGCGAGCUGCACGAGAAGCUCCUGUCGGCCGAGAGGGCCGUGACGGGCUACACCGACCCCUACACCGGCGACCAGAUCUCCCUCUUCCAGGCCAUGAAGAAGGAGCUCAUCGUCAAGGAGCACGGCAUCCGCCUGCUCGAGGCCCAGAUCGCCACCGGCGGCAUCAUCGACCCCGUGCACAGCCACCGCCUCCCUGUGGAGGUGGCGUACCGGCGCGGCUACUUCGACCAGGAGAUGAACCAGAUCCUCUCCGACCCCACCGACGACACCAAGGGCUUCUUCGACCCCAACACCCACGAGAACCUCACCUACAUGCAGCUCCUCCGCCGCUGCGUGCCCGACCCGGACACGGGGCUGCUCAUGCUCCAGCUGAUGGACAAGGGCUCCGUGCUCUACCAGCUGACCGAGGACGCCCGGAAAGCCCUGCAGGCCGCCCGCACCACCCUCAGCGUGGGGCUCUUCCAGGGCCAGAGCGUCACCGUCUGGGAGCUCCUCUUCUCCCGCUACGUCCCCGACCACCGGCGCCAGGACCUCCUCCGGAAGUACAAGGCGGGGACGGUCACCAUCUCGGAGAUGAUCACCCUCCUCACGGCCAUCAUCACCGGGGCUGAGGGCCAACGCCAGCCAAAGCAGCGGGAGGCCCCGCCGUUGGCCGAGAAUGGCGAGGAGCAGGAGCUGGAGCUGGAGCGGUCCCUGAAGUCCCGCACCAUCGAGGUCUCGGCGGGCGGCUUCCACGGCAGGAAGGUCUCCCUGUGGGAGCUCCUCUUCUCCACGUACGUCUCCGAGGCAAAGAGGCAGGAGCUGCUGGGGCAGGUCCGGGCCGGGAGUCUGGCGCUGGACGAGCUGGCAAGGCUCCUCACCGUCCUCAUCGAGGAGGCGGUGGAGCGGAGCAGCAACGUGAAAUUCACGGGCCUCAGGAGGCAGGUGACCGCCUCGGACCUGGUGGAGUCGGGCAUCAUCGACAAGGACACGCUGGCCGACCUCGUCCAGGGCUCCAAGACGGUGGAGGAGGUGACGGAAAUGGCCUCCGUCAAGCGCUACCUGGACGGCACGGGCUGCAUCGCCGGCGUGCUGGUGCCCUCCAAGGCCGACCCCGCCAAGAUGGAGAAGAUGAGCAUCUACCAGGCCAUGUGGAAGGGCAUCCUGAGGCAGGGCACGGCUCUGGUGCUGCUGGAGGCGCAGGCUGCCACCGGCUUCGUCGUUGACCCGCUCACCAACGAGAAGCUCUCCGUGGACGGCGUCUCGUCCGGGCUGGUGGGCAGCGAGCUGCACGAGAAGCUCCUGUCGGCCGAGAGGGCUGACGGCUACACCGACCCCUACACCGGCGACCAGAUCUCCCUCUUCCAGGCCAUGAAGAAGGAGCUCAUCAUCAAGGAGCACGGCAUCCGCCUGCUCGAGGCCCAGAUCGCCACCGGCGGCAUCAUCGACCCCGUGCACAGCCACCGCCUCCCCGUGGAGGUGGCCUACCGGCGCGGCUACUUCGACCAGGAGAUGAACCAGAUCCUCUCCGACCCCACCGACGACACCAAGGGCUUCUUCGACCCCAACACCCACGAGAACCUCACCUACAUGCAGCUCCUCCGCCGCUGCGUGCCCGACCCGGACACUGGUCUUUAUUUCCUUAAUAUU